CUGAGUCUCUAGCGGGCGACUAACCUCCACCGGAGUAAACAGAUUGAGGCCUUAACAAACAAAACCUCCACUACCGGAGUAAAUACGGUACAUAAUAGUGAGUUGGCUCCUCGACUAAAGUCACCAACUCCCUACCUUCAAUCAAGGAUGCUCUAUCAACCUAGGCAGAUAUUCUCAUUCUAGGUUAAAGCAGAAACAACAGGAAUUUGAUCAGGAUUCAAGUCAUUCAAUCAUUCAAACCUCAAUCGAAUAUAAUCAAAUCAUAGAAUCAGUACUUGGGUUCAUACAAUCAAAGCCUUACAUACAAAUCUAGGGUUCUCCAUACCCAGAUGAAUGGGAGAACUACUCCAUGGAGAAAGAAGCAAAAGCAGAAUCAGACGCGGAAUUCAUACUGUGAAGGAUGGAUACCUGCUCCUGGACGUUGAUCGGCACUUCUCCAAGCUCAAACUGGCCUCCAAUGGUGAUGAAGAUCAAGCUAGGGCACUUGGAGACUCUUGUUCGUCGCUUUCUCUCUCUAGGAAUCGCUUUGUCUCUCUAAAACUCGAAUCCCCUUCUGUUUUGGCUGAAAUCUGCUUAAAAGGGCAUCAGUGGCCAAAGCACGGUCGAGGGCAUGGUCGUGCUUUGCCUCGGCCCGCCCGUGCUUUGGCUAGGGUUAAUUACACGGCCGUGCUUUUGGGAGGACACGGCCGUGCUUUGGUUGACACGGCCGUGCUUUCAGCCCGUGUUUGCAGCUUGAAUUUGCCAAACUCAAUUAGCUCUCGGCAGUAAAAGCACGGCCACACGGCCGUGUUCUGUUUUAGGUGUUCCCGUGUUUUGGCUCCAGCUCGACGAAAUGACUUCCGAAUGCCCCGAAACUCGUGCUUAGCCUUUCCUUUGACGCCUGGGACCUGAAAUAUGACAAAAUAGCACAACCCGGCGUAAAAUAGGCCAAAAAUACACGACUAUGCCCCUCAAACGGAUAAGAACUUAGGGGCGCAAAUAUGUGCAAUUACAUCGUUAUCAUUGAGCUACGACAGUAGGAUUUGAAUUAAUUGUUUAGUACGUAGUAAUUCCCGACAGGGAUAGCUAGCACAUUCGUGAUAUCCUGACUGUAGAGAGUUGGAUUAAAUUGAUUAGAAUAUG